ACUUUUGUUCUACCUUAUAUAAGAAGGAAGAAGCUGUUCAGUUAGCUAGUUUCCUUGUGCUUCUUCUUCUUCUCAAGCCUGUCUCGUUGUUCCAGUAUAUCCAUGGAACCGCCUACGAAGAAGCAGAAUUCAGGUGAUGAUGAUAGAUUCAGCGACCUUCCAGGUGAAGUUGUUCAUCACAUUCUUGAUUUCCUCGGGACGAGGGACUUUGAGAGAUUAAGUUUCGUAUCAAAAAGAUGCCGAGAGUUGUGCAUUUCAAACCCUAAUUUGUGUUUGAGUAACAUGGACGACAAAUCAGGUGGAUCUAGCUUCAACAGAUUUGUGGAUAGAUUCAUGGCUCGCCGCUGCGCGGAUAGGGUGAAGACGGGGAGCUUUCUGCUCCGUUGGUCUUUCGAUGAUGAAGACGACGAAGAACGCCGGGUGGAGAGGUGGUUGAAGAAAGCAGCAAUAAAAUUGGGUGGUGUUGCAGAAAUUAGCCUUAAAUUCAUUCGCCCCCAACCCCAACCCCGCCGUCCUAAGCCAAAACCCUUUGCCCACUUUGUGUUCUGCUUUGUAAUUCCUAAGGUUCCUCGAGGUCGAUGCCGGGAAUGGCUUUCUCAGAUUACCCCAGCUCGUUCUGAUUUUGCUACAGAGCUCGAGAGCUUACAAUUACGCCACGUUCGAAUCGAAAACGACUGCAAUUUGGGAGAAUUGCUUUCAUCUUUCAAGUCCCUCAAGGUAUUGAAGCUUGACAGAAUUAGCAGGAUAAAGGGUAUGACUAUCACCAGCUCGUCUAUUGAGAUUUUAUCAAUUGUAAGCGUUGAUAAUCACCUCUGCGAUGUUGAGAUUCAGCAGCUACACAAACUCUAUGACCUUAAUCUAUUCUGGAAUCCCAAAUCCUCUAGAAGUUUGUCACUGAAAAUCUCUGCUCCCAAUCUCCAAACAUUUAAGUGGAGUGGAAUUACUGUCGAUGACUACUGUAUGAGGGAUUCGCCAGAUCUUUUGCGAGCUCUAAUUGGUCUUCAUUUACCUGGGGAAUCAAGCUUCUACCGAGAAUAACUUGGUUAAGAUUCUUCACAGCGUACAGAAGGCUAGACAUCUAAAACUAAUUUAGGUCUAAGAAUAAUUUAUUUUUUGCUUUGCAUUGAUUUUACAUUUGAUUUGCCUUGUAACGUUGUAGGCUUUACUUAAGCAUGGUUGUUUGCCAAUUUAACUGUGAUAAGAACUAGAAGUGGUGACCAAUUCGAACCAUUGUCCUCCCUUCUCAGAGGAACAACUAAUCUAAAGCGUCUCAAUCUAUACGUUCAUGUUAGUGUGAUAAACUCAAUGCCUUCGUCUUCAAGAGAUCUUCCAUUUAAGAUGGAAUAUUGGCAAUCUCAAAUCUUCAUCUUUACUCGUCAACUGAAAACAGUAAUUGUGCGGCUCUUCGGUAGAGAGAAUGAAAUAGAACUAAUCAAAUAUUUGCUCACCAAUGCACAAGAAUUGGAAUUGAUGCUCAUUUUGUAUACAUCACCAGUGUCAUCAGGUGUGAUUACUAAGUUAAGAGAGUACAAGAAGCCUUCAACAAAAUUGAUUUUACGUGAUGUUUAAGAUAUGAGAGAUGGUUGAUUGUGCUGAUUGCCAAUUGGUGUGGUAAAUGUUUUUUCUUUAC